AUGCAUGAUGUGGACAGUCAAGCAGUGCCUCCACCGUUGCCCCCUAACUCGGUCCCGCGUCACCGAGGGUCCACAGCUCAGACACUGUUGUAUGUGCUGGUAAUUCUGGCCCUAUGUGGCUUGCUUGUGGAAGGAUGUUUCAUUUACCAUCUUUACAGAAAUAACAAAACAACUGAAGAAGUAAUACAACACCACAGUAUACUGAGACCAAACCCUACUGUGAAACCUCCAAAGCCGAUGGCACAUCUGUCAGCUGGAGUUUACGCUCCUCUUGAAAACGGAGUGAUGAUAUGGGACGAUCAAGCACAACCCGUAGUUUAUAAGAUGGAACACAAGAAAAGGCAGGGACAGCUGAUCAUUCAGAAAGAAGGCUACUACUCCAUCUAUGCAAAGGUCUGCUACAGUGAAGAUUACCUCAUGUUCACACAUUCUGUGGUCAAACUCACAAACCGGUACCCGGACGCAGAGCUGGAGCUCCUGCGCUCUCGGACAUAUGCUGCGUCCACAAGUUACAGGAAACACGGUUUGUCAAACAGUUACCUGGCUGGUGUUUUCCAUCUUUUCAAGGACGAUAUCAUUUUUGUUAGAGUGUCAAACCAUACUCUGGUCAGACGGACGGAUGCUGCGGAGAGCUUCUUUGGUGCAUAUAUGCAUUAA